AUAAAGCAACAAAUAUCGAAGAAUGCAAAGCUCUUAUAAAUUUUGUAAAUACUAGUAUCGAAUUACCACCAUCAGAUGUAGUAUUAAAUAAUAUACUUAAUGAUAACACUCAUAAUGAUAACACAAAUGAUGAUAUAGAUAUUCCGAUGGAAG